AAAACACGUGAUCGAAAAUAUAAAUAAAUGCCCUAAUCACGUCUUGGUGCUAUUUGUCGGACGACUGAGUUCACACCAGUGUGAAACGAACCAAGUACGUUUGCCAGGUGGUCGCUAGAACAGGUUUCACUGUAUGCGGUUUUAUUAACUUUCUACAAGUAACUGCGUGUUGGACAUGACUACGACAAUAUCUCCAUGCGGUGACCCGCCAUCUGUGCUGAAUGGACAGGUUUAUAAACAGACAUCUGGAAGCACGGAGUACGAGUGUCUGUCUGGGUUCGCCAUGAGUGGAAACAAAGUGAUCACGUGCACCACGGGGGCCACCACGUCAUGGGACAGCAACAUCCCGAUCUGCAGCAUCAUCGACCAGACAACGAAAAUAUACGUCAAUGACUCGUGGUGGGUGUAUCUGGUGGCGGCAAGUCUCGGCGCUCUCUUCAUUCUCGCCUUCGUCUGGCUCGUCUGGUGCAUGUGCUGCGCGGCCGGAAGGAAGGCUGUUGUGUUUCCGGUAGGUCAGUCGUCCAGGAAUUCCUAUUGUGGAUCGUGUUGCCGGAAAUCACGUGAUCGAGAUGGUCUCGUGGCCGAAUCACCACCCGGAUAUUACCACUCUUCAAGAGGUCCGGUUCGUCAGUAUUACCACCCGUCAACAGGACUCUUAGACCUGGAGGAUGGCGUCUUCUUCGUGCCAGUCCGACCCGUCGACCAGAACCGACAAGAUAACAGCCACGUCACUAAGCCAGCAGCAAGUCCUAUAAAAGAAGGCACGCCCAGAAAACAUGACGUCACUUGGCAACGCGUCGUGCAGCAGGUGCAGGAGGAGAACACGAAGCAGAGGAAGGCGAAGGAGUUGGACGCGUGGAUGCCGCACUCCCACUCGUUACGUAACAUCAACACUAGCACCAAGUGACGAAACACCAACUCCCACCCGUUGUUACGUAACAUCAACACCAGCACUAAGUGACGAAACACCAACUCCCACCCGUUACGUAACAUCAACACCAGCACUAAGUGACGAAACAUUAACUCCCACCCGUUACAUAACAUCAACACUAACACUAAGCGACGACACAUCAACACGAGUAUCAAGUGACGACACGUGAACACGAACGAGCACCAAGUGACGACACAUCAACACCAACUGACGAAACAUCAAUACCAGCAC